AUGAGUAAAAUCUACCUCAAAUCGGGCCUAGGGGACGAAACAUAUGCACCAAAAUUCGUCUUCCAAUCCAACCCAAAAUCCGACCUCGAAUCAGCCAUUUGUGAAGCUCAAGAAGGCAUGUUCUCGUCGAUCAACUCACUCCUCUCAAAAACCAACAUCGACCCAAGUCGUAUCGAUUGCCUAAUUGUAACAUGUGGCAGCUUCUCUCCCAUCCCCUCCCUCACAUCCCUCAUUGUCAACCAUUUCAAGCUCAAAUCCGACGUAAAAACCUACAAUUUAAGUGGCAUGGGGUGUAGUUCGGGAGUAAUGUCAAUCGAUUUAGCUGCCAACGUACUAAAGCAAAGUAAAAAAAUUGGUUAUGCUCUCGUGGUCAUAAUCGAAGCUAUUAGCUUGAAUUGGUACUAUGGUGAUAGCCGUCCCAUGCUUGUAACAAAUUGUAUUUUUCGCGUCGGUUCUGUGGCCGCAAUGAUCACAAACGAUCCGAGUUGUCGCCGAGUUGUCAAGAUGGAACUCGUUCACUCGCUUCGAACUCACCACGGAGCGAAUGACCGAGCUUAUAAAGCUGCAUUUCAAGAGGAGGAUGACAAGGGAUGUACUGGGUUUUCCCUAACUAAAGAUUUGAUUCCAGUCGCAGGCAUGUUUUUACGUGAACACAUCAAGAUUCUGGGUCCCCGAGUUCUACCACUGAGUCAACUCGGUCUGCACGUCUACUCGGUAAUUCGUUCUACAAUGACGAGCGGUGCGUCGAAACCAAUCGUCCCAGAUUUCACCAAGGCUUUUGAUCAUUUUUGUAUUCACACGGGCGGGAAAGCGGUGAUCGAGCAAGUUGGUCGGGUUUUGAGAUUGGGGGAAGAGUUGACUGAGCCGGCUCGGAUGAGUUUGCACCGAUUCGGGAACACUUCGAGUAGUCUUGUGUUUUAUGAGUUGGCGUAUCUUGAAGCUAAAGGGAGAGUUAAGAAAGGGGAUAGGGUGUGGAUGUUAGGUUUUGGGACUGGGUUUAAAGUUGGUAGCCUUGUUUGGAAGGCGCUUUUAGAUUUCGGAAAUGAGAGGGAUAAUCCAUGGAGUGAUUGCAUCGACAGGUACCCAUUGAAGUCAUGGUAA